AUGAAGAAGGCGGCGGCGGCGGCGGCGGUGGUGGUGGUUCUGCUGGUGGUGGCGGCAGAGGCGGCGGAGGCUCAGCUGACGUGCGCCGACGUGCGGAAGAUCGUGGGGACUUCGUGCUUGAAUUACGUGACGGGGAAGGAGGCCCACGCGUCGCCGACGUGCUGCGCUGCCGUGCACGACCUGCAGGCCCGGACGCCGACGACAGCGAUGCGGCGGCUGGCCUGCAACUGCCUGAAGACAGAGGCGACGCGGAUCAAGAACAUACAAGAUCAGCUGUUGGCGGCGCUGCCCGGCCAGUGCGCCGUUUCCCUCUCCUUCCGCCUUAGCGUCCACAUCGACUGCGCCUCAAUUCCGUGA